UAGGCCUAGACAAAAGCCAUACGCUCCGGAGCGAAUCUAUUUCUACAGUCGUUGACGCUUAGGCGUUUACGCUUAUAAUUUGCUAGCCAAACGCCAAUGCGCUUAGCGAACGUUGUUUCUACAGCGUCGUACGAUAAAAGUUUAAAUUGUCUAUGGUUUUCGUCUUUCGAACUGUCAAACAAAUUGUCAUUAAAUGUCAUUCUCAGUUUGAGCAUUCAAAACUCAUCAAAACAAAAACUUUGGCUUUUAACUGAAAGUGAUUUAAAAUUAUCAUUGAUACGUAUCAAAAUGGAGCCAAGGCAAGGGAGAGCGAGCCAGGAACAACAAAUGGCGCUGUUAGAAUUUAUGGAAAACCAUGGUGACUUGGCAAAACCGCAGCCUGGUCCACAAGGGCGGUUGUUGUCAAACCAAUUAUGGACCGACUUAACGGAACUUCUGAACUCCAUGGGUGGGGGGGUACUAAAAUCCACCGAAAAAUGGAAAAAAGUAUGGGCGGACUGGAAAACUAAAACUAAAAAAAAAGCCAUCUUGAUUAAGCGGCACACGUCUGGAACGGGGGGAGGCCCAAGUAAUGGGCUGACCCUCACAGCGCCGGAAGAAAGGCUGAUUGCCAUAAUGGGAGUUAAUGCUGUGGAGGGUCAGCCUAACAUCUCAGAGUUGGGAUUCAAUAGACGUCCAGUGAAUCCAAGUCAUGCAAAUCUAGUGCAUAGAGAAGAUGCUUCGUCUAUCAUCAUUCAAGCUGAAGUCAAUGACCCACAACAGCCUGAGCUCCCCGAACAGUCUGCUGAGCUCCCCCAACAUCCUGCUGAGCUCCCCGAACAGCCUGCUGAGCUCCCCCAACAGCCUGCUGAGCUCCCCCAACAGCCUCGAGAACGCCAUGCUGCGCCUCGGCGACAGCGACACAGGGAGCUGGAGUCGCCCCAUUCGUCCUCACCCACUACUCCGCAACGAAGAACACGCAGGAGAAGAGAAACGCCGUUUGAAAGGGCGUGUAUGGAGUUCACCAAGAUAGAACGAAGGCGUCUGCAGAUGGAACAAGAAAGGGAGAAAAUGCACCACGAAAGGGAAAUGCUGCGGCUGCAUUUAGAGUCGGAAAGAAUUCAAGUGGCAGUAAGAACAAAUGAACUUCUAAACAGUUUGCUACAAGUCAAUCAAAAUAUUUUAAACGUUUUAGGCGUAUAAUAUUAUGGUGCAUUUUCUCCCUUUCUUUCUCCAUCUGCAGCUACAGACGCCUUCGUUCUAUCUUAGAGAAUCUUAUAUUAUAAGUUGGUUGAUUAUUUGUUAAGAUUUUAAUUCAAAUAUACUAUAGUAGUUAGAAGCAUGUUACUAGUAAGUAUGUCUUUUAGAAGUUUUGAUAAAACUAAAGACUGAUUUUUUUGUUUAAUGUUUUGUUUGAUUCAUUUUAUGUUUUAAUUA